AUGGCGGACUGGACGGCUGACUCGAACGAGGCUCUGUAUCUCUCCCUUGUGCGCGCUCCCGAGGACCAGCAGAGCUUGGCCGAAACGGAGUUGUACACCAACUUCCACCCGUCCUUCACAUAUCCUAUAUAUGGCGAAGACGAGAAGAUAUACGGCUACAAGGACCUGAACAUAGACCUCAGGUUCGCAUCCGGGUCGCUCGCACAAUACCUCCAGGUCAACUAUGCUGAGAAGCUACCGUCUUCCUCAACGGUCGACGAUGUGGAGGGAACCCUAAGCAAGUUCAUACCCCCGGGGUACUAUACGGACGAAUCAGAGUUCAACAAGCGAGUCUCGGAGGACGCACUCUCUUUCAAGCCACCCGGAGAACGCAUCCACACCUACACCCGUCCCUCCCCAACUGCUGUAGGAAAAGGCAAGGGAAAAGACACUGCGUCUGACCCGGAUAGCGCAGAGGUCGUCGAGUUCGAGGUGUACCAUGUGAGCACUGCGACCUGGAGCACGCCUGGUUUCCGAGAGUACCACCGUCUCAUGCAGUUGUUCAUCCUACUAUACAUCGAGGGUGGCUCCUACAUCAACGAAGACGAGGACACCUGGGAGUUUGUCGUACUAUACGAGAAGCGAAAGAGACGAGACGACCCAAGCGUUGCGACGUACCACUUCGUCGGCUACUCAUCUCUCUACCCCUUCUACUGCUACCCCGAGCGGGUGCGAAUGCGCUUAAGCCAAUUCGUCAUCCUCCCACCCUACCAACGCCACGCCCACGGCUCUGAGCUCUACAGCGCCAUCUACCAAUACGUCCUCUCCCAGCCGCAGAUCGCCGAACUCACAGUUGAGGACCCCGCGGAGGCGUUCGAGGACCUGAGAGACGUGAAUGAUUUGCGCAUGCUCCUUGAUCAUGAGCAGUUUAUGAAGGAGGCGUUUGGCGACGAGGGCGUGUCGCAUGGGGGCGGGCGCGCGGGUGGGGUGGGGAAGGCCGGGCGAAGUGGGCGGGGCGGUGGGGGUGGUGGGCAUAAGGCGAUGAAGGGCAAGCUGGGCCCGCCUGCGGAUAAGGCGUGGUGCGAGAAGUGGCGCGUCAAGCUGAAGCUGGCAGGGCGCCAAUAUCAACGCCUCAUCGAGAUGCUCGAGAUGAUGCACAUCAGCCCCGCGGACGCGGCGGCGUUGCGCGCGUUCCGCUUGCAGGUGAAGGAGCGACUGUAUAGGUUCAAUUUCGAGGUCCUAGCGCAGUUGGAGAAGCAGGAAAGGCUGGAAAAGCUGGAGGAGACGUUCCAAAACGUACAGGAGGACUACGCGCGGUUGAUAGCGAAGGUUCGGUGGCAAUGA